AUUUACCAUUGAUAUUUUAGCUGGAUGUUUGACAGCUGAAUAUGAUUCAACAUACCCAAUUCAUUUAAAUGGUAUAAUUAAUCAACACGAAUUUCAAGAAUCAAUUAAGAGAAUAAAUCUUACACUUUCUUCACAUAAAACUUUUAUAAUUGUUUGUUGGAUUAUAUUUGCUCUGACAUUGAUUAUUGGAACAGGAUGUUUUGUUAUUGGUGGAGUAAUGGCAACUAAAUUUUGGACCGUUUUUUAUGUAUUACUCGGUCUUGGCUUUUUUUUGACUACGUUUGGUUCAAUUUUUUUUGCUAUUGGAUUUUGUGUUAUAUAUUCAAAACGUGCAUUAAGAAUGCGAGAAGCAGUCGCUCAAGAGUCAAUGAAAUAUUCAUCGAGAUCACCAACACCAUGUAGCUGGAGAUUAGAUACUUCAAGAACUUGGUUUGGACCUUAUGGAUAUAAUAAUAAUAAUCAAAUGUUUUAUCAAUUAGCAAUAGAUAUUGGUAGUAAUGUUUUACAAGAAAGUGCUAAUCAAGUACGUUAUUCAAAUAAAGUUGCUCCUGGACCGACAUCGUAUUUCGGACGUCAAGAUUAUUUUGCACCUCCGGCAUAUUCUGUUCAAACGGCAGGAUUUUGUUCUCGAUGUGGUGUAGCACGUCAAGAUCUUACAGCUAAAUAUUGUUCAUCAUGCGGCCAUUCAUUUAAUACAUAA